UAUUCAGACUGUUCGUUGUUUCCCGUCGACGACUUUCUCUGAGGCAGAGCAGCCAGCAGUCACUCAGACCCAGGAAGAUUUUUGAACUCCGAGUGGAAAGAGUCUCUUCACUGUUCUGGUUUCCACAUUUUGACACUAGUCGAGUUUAACUUUUAGUUGAAAGUGCCAGCUGUGUCACAUUCGUCGCCAUGGACCCCGCCAGUCAAGAUAUCAACCUGAACUCUCCUAACAAGGGCCUUGAUGUGGAUCACUCGGACAACCUUUCCGAUGGGCAUGUGGAGGGAGCAGUGAGGAACGCAGCCAACCCCCUUCCACCUGGAUUGACAGAGGAAGAGGCUGAGGAGCUUCGCACUGAGCUCACCAAGGUGGAGGAGGAGAUCAACACUCUGCGUCAGGUUUUGUCAGCCAAAGAGAGACAUGCCAUUGAGCUGAAGAGGAAACUUGGUCUCAGCCCACUCAAUGAAUUAAAACAGAAUCUUACCAAAAGCUGGCAAGAUGUGCAGACCUCCAACGCCUAUGUGAAAACCACUGAGAAACUGGGCGAAUGGAAUGAGAGAGUUUCAAGUUCAGAUCUAUAUCUGUCUGCCUCAGCCACUUUGGAUGACAUUACCCACUCUGAAGCAUACAAGAAGACUCAGGAGACUCUUUCCCAGGCAGGACAGAAAACCAGUGCAGCUCUCACCACAGUGGGCUCAGCCAUCAGCAAGAAGCUGGGUGACAUGAGAGCUCUACCUUUCUCUAAUUCCUUUAGUAGCAACUAUUCCAUUCGCCACUCGAUAAGUAUGCCCGCCAUGAGGAACUCUGCAACCUUCAAAUCAUUUGAAGAUAAGAUGGGGAACCUGAAGGUGAGCACACCCGCACAGGUGUGUUUUACGGACGGUUUGUAAGUAUAAGGUUGUCGGCCCCAGGGGGAACGAGGAUUCCGUCGGCUCUCCCACUGACACCACCCCCACUCAGGAGAACCCGCCUUUCUGAGCACACCCUGCCUCUUCCUCGCUGCGACCUUCCUACGUGACCUGAGACUAUACUGUUAUCACCUCACAUCGCAGAAUCAGCCUUGACCUUUGACCCUCUACCUUACUGGCUCACCUCACUCACUUACUCACUCAUUUACAUUCCCCAAGUCCUGCAGACAAAAUGAGGGACUUGUGGGUUUUUGAGACAGGACCAUCUUUUUCUGCCAGUCCCACCGUUGCUGGUCCUGUGGCCUCCAUUCCUCUGCCUCACUGUUCAGGAAAACAGUUUGUUGAUGCAUAAACCUGAAUAAUUUACAGACUUCACCACUUCCUCUUUCAUUAGAUCCUCAACCCUCUGCAAAGAUCACUUAAACUGUCAUUUUGACAUGUCACUAUUUCAGCAAAUCACCUGGCUUAAGAACAGGCACGAAAGACACUAAGAAGGUACCAAACUAUUAUUUUAGGCUUGAGGUGUUUUAAAAAUAAGUUUGUCAUGAUAGUUACGGCAUAAUUUUAGAGCUUGACCUUUCACCUCAAAGUGCCUAAAAGCACAGAGUUAACUUUGGUUUGGGAUAAUUUGACCAUGAGCAAAAUUUCUAAUUAAUUGAUUGCACAGCACAUUUCAGUUUAAUCUGGCUCUUACACCGGUCAUUCUGCAUUUGUUUAUUUUGUUUAUGAACCAGGAAAAGUGCAGACUGAGGGUGGAGGAUAAUUUUAUGGGCAUAAGCAACGUUAUUUUCAACUUAAAUCUACAAUCUCAGCUUUGUUUUUGACUACUAUCCUCUACAUAAUCAUGCAUUCACACUGUGAACACCUGCUGGUGUUACCACAGUGUCCCCACCGUUCACCUAACUUCCACCCAGUUUGCUUCACAGCUCUGCAGCUGCCAGCUCUGUGAACACAGGCUAUACUCCCAGGUUACAGGGUAGUGGUAUGGCUGGGGGUGGGGGUGGGAGGCUACAACCCACAAUCCUCUUAAACCUACUACUGCUAUGUGCAUGUGCGUAUCUCAUCUCAGUUGUACCAUAACAACCAUGUGACAAGAGGUCGCGUGUAACAACCCUAUAAGCAACCCCAGAUGUAAAAACAGAUAAAAAAAAGUUAAACCAUUUUGUAUUAUAAACUAUUUUACACUGCUUUGCAUAAUGUUUUUACAUAACUUUUAUCAAUAUGUACAAAUAUAUAUAUAUAAAUCUAUUGUCACCAAUGCUGCCGGAUGAUAAUGUUCCGGUUGGGAGGUUUGGAAGAAGCAAAGGGAGGUGAAACACAAAAACAAAAAAAUCUGUUUCACACAUAUGACUUAUUGUCUGUCUGGAGUUCUAAAAUUAAGAAGGUUCCAUGUUUGUGAGACUGACCAGGCUGCAGUCGUUUUAGAGCCAUCUGGGCACAGGACUGAUCUGACUAAGGCGAGAAGCAAUGUUGCGUAACAAACUGGCAGUGUGUUUUGAUCUCAGGCAUAGUACGUACAGUAACAUCAAUCUAAAACUUACCUGAAGCAUUGGAGAUGUUUCAAAACCACGUCUACUGUUUUUCUUUUCACCCUGGUCUGGCUGCUGUCCCCUUUUUUGUGUUGGCAGAACUCGGAUGUGAGGCGAUGAUUUGCUGUGUACACUACCUGGUGAAUGUUGAUGCUUUUCUAUUAGCCUUACUCACUUUAAAAGGUUCACCUCAUAGUAUGAUUUAGCUUGUUGAGUCAAACUUUCCCAUAUGUUCCGUUUUGUUUGUUUUCUAGUUGUACAGGCUGGUUUGAUUGAAGGAAGUUGGCAUAAGAUAUUUAGAGCCUAUGGGGCCACAAAUGUGUCAUAAAAAAAAAAUCUUGCUGCCAUAACAAGCUUUGCCAGCAACCCCUGAUCACACAAUUGCACUCCUGAUAACACACUCAAUGUCCACACAGUUCAGGAGGCCAAAAAGAACACACUGUUGCACUUAUUGUUGUACACCUGUACAUUUUCUACACUCACGCCACCCCCUAGCUAUGGUAGAUGUCAAGGCUUCAGAGACGGUGACGGUAAACCUGAGAGCACAGAGUUGUGUAGCAUUGUCACUUUUCUCUUGAAUGUGGAAGAAAGUUGUGUUGUAGUUUUUGUUUGCUGCUCUUUUGCUCAAAGAUCCCUGAUACAAGGGCAACUUUGCCCCCUACUGGUAAAAUGUGCCAGACUUGGUGGAACUACAAAAUGUUCACCUGUGCCAUCCUGACUGUAGGGAUUGAUUUAAGUCUCAAAAUGUUUUCAGUUGCUCUUUAGUUGAAGUGUACUCACGGAUACACAAAUAUCCCAAUGUUGCCUUUUGUGUUUAGUACAGCCAUAUGCCAUAGGUGGGCGGAUGCUUUAUUGAAGUUCACAGCGAUGAAUUCUAAUUGGAGCAACUAUUUGAGCCAAAGCUGGAAGGCACUUAUUACCAUUGUUAGAGCUGCAGAUUAUAAUCGUUUGGGUCAAACAAAACUGACACUCACUUAAUUCAACUAAACUAAUGUGAAGUGAAAUGUGCAUUUGAUAAACUUGAGCCCAAGAUGUUUAUAGAAGGACAUGUACAGCAAUCCAUUAUCAACAACAUCAAAAUGUGAACCUUGAGUUUCUUUGGUUGAUGAUGAUGGAUUGUUUUUGAGACCAAAAAAUAACCUCAAACAUCCAGUGUUGCUCUUGUAUCCUGGAUCAAUGUAAUCAAAAAAAAAUCAAGAUGCUAGAAUUUGAGAGAAAUGUACAAUUUAAAAUACUGCUGCGUUUUGGAUCACUACAUUAUUCAAACCAAAACUUACCAAGAAGGUUAAAAUAAGUUUGUAAACUAGUGUAUGAUGUGACACCUGAGACACAAAGAACAAAAAUGAAUUAAAAAUUGUAACUUAAAAGAAAAACUCCCAGUCAAACUGCUUUAACAAAGUUGCCAGUGUAUCAUAAUUGUAUUUUCUUGUUUUUGUAUGUGUUUAUCUUGAUCAUUUUGGUAGUUAUUAUAUUUCUGUUGAGGGGUUACAUUUUCUUUUGGCUUUCUUUUCAUUGUUGGAGGUGGAUUUAAGAGAAUUUAUUAUUUGUGCAAUUGCUUUACCGUCUUUGAAAAAACUAGCGGCCAAUGUUUGAAUCUGUUACAGAAUCCCUGUCUCUGCCUCUAAAUAUCAUGUAUCUGACUAACUGCUUUGCUAAGAUGAGAACACAGACAUGCGUUUCAAGAUGUCUUAGUCCUCAAGUCAUUUUGUAACAUCUGUUCCUAAAAUCACAUAGUUCUGUGUGAAAAAUCAGAAGUGCAAGGACCGUUUUGCUGGGGGAAAUAUUUCUCUCUGUUGUAAAAUUGUUUUCAAGCCUAAAAGCUAAAUGAAAUGACUUGGGGGAUUAUUAUUUUUGAAGUGUAGCUGUCACUCGGGAUUUAGAAAGAAGAGGAAAAAUGUAUGUUUUUCUUUGUUUUGGGUGCCAAUGGGGAGUGCAGCACAUGCUGGGGCUGCUCAGAGCCAGCUGCUGCAGAGGCUGGUGCACAGAAGAUUAUACUCAUAGCUUUAUUUAGGUUCAUGGCCUAGCUGAUGUAGAUUAUUAAAAGGGAUCUGAUUUGAAAGAUUAUGGUGAAUGAAUUAAAAACAGCUUUUGGUUUUGUUCUUUGUGUUAGGAUAUCAAUAAAGCAUUCCUUUGAAUGACAA